AGAAGACGGCUUAAUUUGAGCUAUCUCAUUGAACCGCAGGAUGGCAUCCCACUGCAAGUUAAAUAUCCAGAUGGCCAUGUUGUGAGGAGGAGAUUUCUUCUCAUGCAGCCGAUUCAGGACCUAUUUGACUUUGUUGGCUCGGAUGACAUGGCAACAGAGGUCUUCUGUAUUCAGCAAGCCAGGGCAUCACCAAUCAGGAGUACAACAACAGGCAGCAUAAGUGAUCAUAUCACUGAAUCCUGCACUGUUUUUGUAACCUGGAUUGAUGUUAUGGACACUGACAUUAAUGACACACUGGUUCCUGAAGAGACCACUCAAAACAACGCAUCUGUGUCCUCUGAUACCACUGCUGGCUUCCUGGAUUUGAAUCAUGUCAAAGACACUACUGCACCAGAUCUGAAAACCUUACUGACAACUCUAGCGUCAAAGGUCUGGAUUGGAGAGACACCCAGCAGUAAUAUGAUCAAUGUAUGCAGAGAAAACAUAAUGGAUGGUGCCAUGCGAGCCUUUGCAAGACAGAGUUUCAAUCCAGAAGCCAAAUUAAGUGUCAUAUUUAUGGAUGACUUCAUGCAAGCAGAGGGUUCAGUGGAUGAGGGUGGCCCUACACGGGAGUUUUUCCGACUGCUUAUGAUGGCUCUCAAAGAUAGCACCCUAUUUACAGGGCCUCAGGACAGUAAGAACCUGUCCCUGGACAGCCAUGCAUUACACAGAGGUCUCUACAGAACCUAUGGAGUUAUGAUGGCUGUGGCACUGGUGCAUGGAGGAGUGUUGCCUUCUUUUUUUUCUGACAGGCUCUACCAAAACCUCUGCUCUACACCCACAUCACCACCCACUCUCGAAGAGGUAGCAGAUCUGGAUUUGCAGUGGAAACUCAAAAAGAUCAGUGAGGCCGGUGAUAUAACAGAGGCUAGAGCUGCCAUUGAGGAAGCUGCAGAGAGCCUGUCCUUGUUGGGGUCCCUGAGGCAUAUCACCACCAUGGAGGGACGGGACCAGUUGGUUCAGGCUGCCACAAGUUUCUACGUGGAAGGAAGGACAAAAGAAGCCUUACAACAACUUUCUGAAGGACUGAACACACUUGGUCUCCUGGACCUGAUAAAAAUUCACCCCAGCAUCUUCAAGGAGGUGUUUUCUUCAUCUGGGAGGCCCCUAAAGGCUACAGACUUAAUCUCUCUGUUCCAAGCGACACUGUCCCCUCCUGGAAGCAACCGGUGGCGACUGGAAAAGAGAGUGGAAGGGUACUGGAGAGACUUCCUUCUAGAUGUUGAAGAUGGUGUUUUUGAGAUCACAAUGGAGCAAAUUUUGGUGUUUGCCUCUGGAGCUGACCAAAUACCUGCUCUUGGUUUUUCCCCUCACCCAACGCUGAACUUCAAUCACGACACCGGGCGGAAGUACCCUGAAGCUAAUACCUGUCUUGUAAAUUUGAAACUUCCUAUCCAUGACACUUACAGACAAUUCACUAAGUAUAUGUGUGAUGGCAUUAUUCAAGCUCCUACUUUUGGUCUGGCUUAAAGUCACUAGUCAGCUAUUUUCAUAAUGGCUGUUUGAACUUUGAAUGUUCUGGCUGCUUUGUUCUCUGUAAGUUCUUUGAACUUUGUUCUCAGGAAAGGAUAAUGUUAAUAAGCUGAUUUUGAGAAUUCUCUACUUGGUGUGUAGUUGAUGACCAGUGUGAAACAUGCCCCAAUUCAUUCAACAGGGCUUUGUUGA